AUGAAGUUCGCUGUUGCUCUCACUCUCGCCUCCAGUGCCGUGGCUGCUGUUGCCCCCCGUGAUGCUACCGUCGUCAAGGGUGUCAUUAGCACCGUCAACACGGACAUUAAGAACGUCAAGUCGGCUGUCGAUUCCUACAACGGUGACAAGUCCGAUCUCGUCAAGGCCGCCGACCAGCUCGUCUCCGACCUCAAGGCGGGCAAGACCAAGGUCGAGGGUGGCCCCGACCUGACUGCUUCCGACGCUGUCGAGCUCGGCAGCGGUGUCCAGGAUCUCGCCAAGACUGGCAGCGGCCUCACCGAGGCUCUUGAGUCCAAGAAGUCCCAGGUCGAGAAGGCCGGCGAGUGCAAGACUGUCCAGGACCAGAUCGCUGCCAUCACCGAGAACUCCCAGGCCCUGAUCAAGGCUGUCACUGAGAAGGUCCCCGAGAACGCCCGCUCCAUCGCUGAGGAGCUCGCUGGCCAGCUGACCACCGUCCUCGAGAAGGCCGAGGAUUCCUACAAGGACUGCAAGAACUCCGGCAGCAGCGGUUCUUCCUCCACCGGCGCCGGUUCCUCCGGCACUGCUACCGCUACCGGCACCGGCAGCGCCACCCAGACUGGCAGCGCCACCAAGACCGGCAGUGGCAGCGCUACUGCCACUCACACCAAGCCUGAGUCUGUCACAACCUCAUGCGCCAGCUCUGUUACCGGCACUGGCGGUGUUACCCCCACCAGCUCCCAGGUCACCAUCCCCACUGCUGCUGCUGCUUUCUACGCCCCUGCCGGUGUUCUCGCCGCCGUUGCCGCUGUCCUUGCUCUGUAA